AUGCCCAUAAUCACGCUCAACUCCCAAGUAUUUGCUCAUUAUCCUUGCGAUCCGAAUAUGCCCGACAUCACGCAGGUGCAUCUGCCACGCUUCUUUUGGACCAAUGCAAUUCCUGAUGCUGAUAUUGUCGUCGACUUGUCCAUUAAUGGCACCCCUCCGCCGGCCAAAGGCCUUACGGAAAUUGCAGAGGUUACGUCCACCUUUCAGCUCCCUGAUGGCGCUACUCUUGAUUUGAAUGUCACCACAGAAUCCAUCACAAACGACAAGGUUGUUCGCACACGUGCUGUGGGCUUGACAACUGGCAAGGCCUUCAUUGAUGAGUUCUCCUAUGGCCUUCUCUUCGGUUAA